AUGUCAUCCGAUUCGUCAAGCUCUUCAUCCGACGAUAUUCUUAACGAUAUGAUUAUCGAAGUUACGCAUGAGACGAUUAAUUAUUCGCGAGAAGAAGCCCAAUCCUCUACAUUGCGUACCAGAAAACCGGCUCUUGAACGAGAUUGGUUAGGUGCUCAUGAACGUUUAAUGCAAGAUUAUUUUUGUGAAAAUCCGUUGUACGAUGAUGAACAUUUUAGGCGUGUUGUCUUUCUGUACGGGAGGCGAUAUUUGAGGAUGUUAACCGUUGCCGACGUUCCACUUUUAUACGAGGCCAAUCAGCGAAUACACGGGUUUCCUGGGAUGUUGGGCAGUCUUAAUUGCACGGACUGGGAGUGGGCGACAUGUCCAACCGCUUGGAAAGGGCAACACCAUCGUGGUGACCACGAUUGUCCUACCCUAAUAUUACAAGCGGUCGCGUCUCAAGACUUAUGGAUUUGGCAUGCGUACUUUGGCAUGGCCAGUGCGAACAAUGACAUCGCAGUUUUACAAUCUUCGAAUCUUUUAGACGAUGUCAUAGAUGGUGUUGCACCAGAUACUUCAUUCUAUGCAAACGACGUGGAGUAUAAGUAUGGUUACUAUCUCACAUACGGCCUUUAUUCGGAGUGGGCGACGUUUGUGAAAACUUUGUCAUGUCCAGAUGACGAGAAAAUAAUCCGUCAAGGAUAUUUGAAAAAAAGUAAAAUGAGAAACGUCAUGUAUACGUGCAUCAUCUUGCAUAACAUGAUAUUGGAUGACUCGGGUAGAGCGUUUUGUGGAGAAAGUUAUGAUGAAAAUAACCAACCGACGAACCCACUACUCACAUACGCUGAAAAAGAAGUUAUCCGAGCGAAGAUACGUGAUAGGAACACACACCAUAACUUUCGAGUUGAUAUGACCGUGCACCUAUUGUUUUAUCGUGAACAAGGAGGAGACGACGAAGACGACGAGUGA